AUGGCGCCUUCAGUGAUUCGCACGUGGAAAAGAAUGCUACGCGAGUUCUCUCAGUUAAGCUAUCCUCUCCUCGAUCCAACCGAGAAGCUCGAGGAAGAAACACUGCCAUGGUAUCAAGUGAUUGGUAAAUUAGGAUACGGUGGAUAUUCCACCGUUUGGCUAUGCAGGGACCUACAACAGCAUGAAUAUGUCACACUAAAGGUGUUCGAGCGCAACUCGACAGAAGGCCAAAGAGAGACAGAGACCUAUCGCCACCUGAAUUCCCUCGACAAAGUAGAUCAUACCGGAGCCAAGCUUAUCCGCACAGCGUUGGACAACUUCCACAUUACCUCUCAAGAAGGCAAAUUCAGAUGUCUUACAAGGUCCUUCCCGAAAAAAAUAGUCAAGUUGACCCUGAUGCAUCUCCUUCUUGCUCUGGAUUACCUUCACACCGAGGCUGGAAUCGUCCAUACGGAUAUUCAAGAAAAGAACAUCAUGAUGGCUAUUGAAGAUACAUCCAUCUUAGCCGAUUUCGAAGAGGAAGAGAAAUCUCGUCCCAGCCCGCGGAAAAGAGUCGGCGAUCGAGUCAUCUACACUUCUCGAAAGCUCAGGAAAACUAAGCAACAUGGACGUCCUACGCUGUGUGAUUUUGGGCAGGCUCACCGUGGGACAAGUACUUACUACGGGGAUAUCCAGCCGUAUAUUUACCGGGCUCCUGAGGUGUUAUUGCGCAAGCCUUGGAAUGAGAAGGUUGAUAUCUGGAAUGUCGGAUUAUUGGUAUGUCUUAUAGUGAAUAACAUGAGAUCUCUUCCAACAAGGACAUCUGGACGUGAUUCGGAUAAGAAAAGGUCUGAUGGCCAUCGUAUCGCUGAAAUGAUUGCUGUUAUGGGGCCACCGCCGAAGGAAAUGAUACCGAAUAGUGUCUAUGCGACCGAGUUCUUGGAUGACGAAGGGAGUUGGAAGGGAGCCAUUGAAAUCCCUCUUAUGUCGUUGGAGACGCUUGAAGGAAAUCUGGAGGGUGAGCCGCGGCUGCUUUUCUUCCAAUUUCCGCGCAAGAUGCUCAAGUGGAAGGCUGAAGAUAGACUGUCGUCUAGAGAGCUAUUGGAAGAUCCUUGGUUACGGUCACCGUAA